AUGGGUAAUAUCUCACCUCGCCAAUCAAAAUCAUAUCGUGAUGGACUUAAUCAUCUCUCAUCAUCAACAACGACUGCAAGCACAACUACACCAACGCGUUCGUCAUGGAAAAAACAAUUGCAAAUCAUUAAUGAUACGCUGAACAUCAAGAAAUUUACUCUGCGACAUGCGCAUGGACGACACAAACGUUACCGAACGAAUUUUGAUGAAACAAACCAUUCGAAGUUAGCAACAUCAGUCACCACACAAAAUUUUCCCGAUCUAACUAAAACCAAUGCGGAAAAAUUGCUGAGAGACGAACACACCGAGAAUAAAUUUCCUUCAGACAAUCAUUUUACCAAAUCAUUUAGUUUAUUUUCCAUGAAACAACCAAUGACAGAUAUAACAAAUAAAGAGAUUAUGACAAAAUCAAUUACAGCGAAUAUUAAAGAAAAAGAUGAGAUAUUACAAGAGCAACAACUGACAUCGAAUAGCUCGACAAAGAACUACAAACAGCAAGAAAAGAUUUUACUGAAAGAAAAUCAAACAACAGAUGUUUCCAUUCAAUACAAACGACGACACAAAUGUGAAAUAACCACAGUAUCCAAUUCACUCGUUAAUAAACGUCAUUCCGCAUUCAUUGCUCCGUCAUAUCAUUUAUCAAAAUCUCAAUCACAAUACUAUCAUCAUCCCAAUCAUAUUCAAUUGUCUUCCUAUACAACAUUAACCAACGGUUUAUCAUCGAGCACGAAACACAUUCGUACGAUAGAAAAGCACACGACUCGAAAGACGAUCAUUCAAGCAUCAACGAAUGAAUUACUUCGAUGUUUAGGCGAAUACUUAUGUUCCUGUUGCUCACAUUUAUUACCCAUCCUCGAUCCAUUGGAUUGUAUUUUAUGGAUAAAAAGUGCUGAUCGUCAAUUGAUUCUACAAGGUUGGCAAGAACAAGUCUUUGUGAAUCCGGCAAAUAUUGUUUUCGUCUAUCUUCUCGUACGUGAAACAUUAACAUAUGUUAUCCCGUCGAUAACAAUUAAAAAUGUCACGGAAUUACAUGCGAUUAUCUUAACGUGUUUAUAUCUCGCAUUUAGUUACAUGGGAAAUGAAAUAACAUAUCCAUUGAAGCCUUUCGUUACUGACAAUGAGACGCGUGAUGUGUUUUGGCAACGCGUUGUGUUAAUCAUGGCUCGUUUGAGUUCGAAAAUGUUGGCGAUCAAUCAAAAUCCGAAGUUUUUUACUGAAUGUUUUUCCGAAUUGAAAACUUAUAAUCUAGUCCGUUAA